CAACACUUUAGAGUUUAUGAUUGUGGUGUCAAAUGAUGCUCAACAUUCAUGAGCUUUCUAUCUUAUCCACAUUAUCAACUUCUGUUUUCUUUGACAAACUACCAGUGACCGACCUAAUGGAGCAUAAACAAUACACUACUGAAGCAACAAGGAUAGAGAAAUACAGCAUCAAAAGCUCUCUUCCACAGAACUACAAGGAUGCUUCAACACCUAAAACUCACACUAUCACCUACUCAGAUCCUUCACACCCGAAAACCACCACACAUUACUGAAAACCAGAGUGUACACGCUAGCGUUUCUCCUCCGGUUCCUAAACAAUGCAGCAAGAUUUCACGCCGAGAGCUCACUAUCUUCACCAACACCUCUCUGCUCCUCUUGGCCUCUCAGACUCUUCAUUCCCAUCCUUUUUUGGAUGCGCGAGCAGAGGAAAACCCGCAAGAAGAAGUUGAGGCGACUUCAGAGAACACGGAAGGAGUUCAAGAGGCCAAAGGUGAAGUUGAUGCGACUCCAGAGAACACCGAAGGAUUUCAAGAGACAAAAGGUGAAGUUGAGGCAACUCCAAAGAACACCGAAACAGUUCAAGAGACAAAAGGUGAAGUUGAGCUAGAAAAUGUUCAGGCAACUCCAAAUAACACAGAAACAGUUCAAGAGACCAAAGGUGAAGUGGAGGUGAAACCAGAGAACACUGAAGGAGUUCAAGAGACCAAAGGUGAAGUUGUUCAAGAAGAAGUUGAGGCGACUCCAAAGACUACUGAAAGAGUUCCUCCUACUACUAAACAGGUGUUUCUUGAUGUAUCGAUUGAUGGAAAGCCGACAGGAAGGAUUGUAAUAGCAUUAUAUGAUCAAAAAGCUCCUGUUGGAGCAGCAACAUUUAGUGACAUUGUUAGUGGAAAAGCAGGAAUAAGUUACAGAAGGAAAGAGUUUGUUAAAAUCAUGCCAAACUAUGUUCAACACGGAGGGAUUCGAUCCUAUGGGGUGGAUGCAGAGCUUGCAAGCAGAACAGGAAGGAGUUUCAAGAAUGAUAAGUUGGUUCAAGAAUUGGAGAGAGAAAGUGAGGAAAGUACAGGAACUAAGAACUUGGCUGGAACUGUGAGUAUCAUUGUUAGGGAUCCUUUAAAACCGCCGCCUAAAACAAAGUUGGUUGCCAGAGGAGGGAAGUUACAGAUUGAUCAGGAGGAGGUUGGGCUUGAGCCGAAUGGCACGGAGUUCACUAUUGCAACUAAGGACUCACCGGAGCUCGAUUCAUCGGCAUUGGUUGUUGGCAAAGUGAUUGAAGGAAUGGAUGUUGUAGAGAGGAUUGGUCAGGUCAAGACAGUGCAAGAUAAUACAAGUUCUCCAUAUUUUAGGGUGGCGAAGUUGAUUGGUGACAAGAGAGCUGUAGUGGCUGAAAGGGGUUUCAACCGCCCUUACUCAAAAGUCAUAAUCAAGAAUUGUGGCCUGCUACAAGAAUGACAUCAGAAAUUCACUCACAUCUCAUUUCUUGUUCAUCAUUUUUGUCAUAUAGAGUGAACGAAUGGUAUAAUAUAAUACAACUUUGUUUCUA